AUGAAUGCCAUCAACCAUGCAUCACAAGAGAUGCUUAAGAACAAUGUCUUCCAAAACUACCAGCAGUUCAUCGAUGCUUCCAAAGAAAUUUCACGAGAUGACAAGACAUCGAUACAAACAGCCUCUAGUCACACCGCAUCUAUUAAUUCUGUCACUCCUAUACAAGUUCUCAUGCAGAAGAUGGAUGGAAUCGCGAGUAUUCUGAACAAUAUGCGUAGCACAGACAAAGUGUUACUAUAUGGCGAGAUGAUGCUGCUGGAUCCUGAAACGAAAGAGGAUAUUCAUAGGGCAAUGCUGGUGCUGCUAACUGACCGACUCUUGAUAGGAAAUAUUACUCCCUCCGGAAAAUAUAGCUUGGAAUCAACGUUUUCACUGAGUAAUCUGGCAGUUGUCAAUGUGAAAGAUAGGGAGAGUGGACCCGCCAAAGCUGAUCAGCUCUUGAAACUACUCGUGUUUCCUGAACAAAGGUAA